AUCUCUGAACUCAACUAAAACUGCGUGUGUGUGCAGAGCCAGCCGAUGUGUGUUUAUGGGGUUAAUGGUCAGAAAUAGAAGAUUUAAUUGAUUCCCAUUAACCAGGGUCCCCUCGCUCAUACGUUCAGCCAAUUGCCGCUGGCUGUGGCCGUUUUCUCGGCUUGCUUUGUCCAAACACCCAUUGCUAAAGGAAUAGGUAACGUUGCUGAAGGAGGUGGUCGAGAGGCGCGCUGUAAAUCCAUGAGUACUCGCUGUACCGCACGGAUUCGGCGACAAGGGGCGACCGCUUAUAAACUGAGCGCUGGGGUCAGCUGGUUGUGUUGACGCAAGUAUUCCUCCCUCCCUUUAAAACAACUCGGAUCUGAUCUCUCUUCUCUUACACCUUAAACACAAGGUCCGCUCCGAGCAGCAGCAGCAGCGGCUGAAGCCCGGCUGCGGCGUAUUGAAAUGUUCUUCAAUGUUUUACUUAAACUCGGCGCGGUGUAAUUCUAAAUUCAAUGCAACACUCCUGACAAAACCACUUGAGCUCAAACCUCGUCUGCUUCUACCCUGAACCAGGUUUGGCAAGGAAUUUAUCCUGGACAUCUCGCCGGGUCCGGUGGAGGCGCGGAGCAACGGAGCGGCGAUAGAUGGGGGAGGGAGAGCGGUCCCGAGUUGACACUUAAAGACGGCUUCUCCCCACCGCUUUUUUUUUUUUUAAACGCCAACCCCUUUGUCCCACGUUCAGGACUUGGUGGGACACCAUGGCUUUGUCCAACCACACGCCGUGGGGCAACUGGACGGGAUCCGCGGACCUGUCCCCGAAGCCGGCAUCGAUAUUCAGCAUCCUUGUCCUGACUUUGUUGGCGAUCCUGGUUCUGGCCACCUUCCUGUGGAACGUCCUGAUCCUGGUGACCAUCCUGCGGGUGAGGACCUUUCACCGGGUGCCCCACAACCUAGUGGCCUCCAUGGCCAUCUCGGACGUGAUGGUGGCCGCCCUGGUCAUGCCGCUGAGCUUGGUCCAUGAGUUGGACGGACGGCGCUGGAGACUGGGCAAGGUCCUGUGUCAGGUGUGGAUCUCCUUCGAUGUCCUGUGUUGCACUGCCAGCAUAUGGAACGUGACUGCCAUCGCCCUGGACCGGUACUGGUCCAUCACCCGGCACUUGGAGUACACAUUGAAAACCAGGAAAAAGAUCUCCAACAUCAUGAUAAUCCUGACUUGGGUCCUCUCCUCGGUCAUCUCCCUCUCGCCGCUCUUCGGCUGGGGCAAGACCUACUCCGAGCAGGAGGAACAAUGCCAAGUCAGCCAGGAGCCUUCCUACACUAUCUUCUCCACCUUCGGGGCGUUCUACCUGCCUCUCUGCGUGGUCCUCUUCGUCUACUGGAAAAUAUACAAAGCCGCCAAAUUCCGGAUCGGUUCCCGCCGGACCAACACGAUCACUCCGAUGCCUGAGGUUGUAGAGGUGAAAGAGGCUUCCCACCAACCGGAGAUGGUCUUCACCGUUCGCCAUGCCACCGUCACCUUCCAGACGGACGGCGACACCUGGCGGGAGCAGAAGGAGAAGAAGGCCGCUCUGAUGGUCGGCAUUCUCAUCGGGGUCUUUGUGCUGUGCUGGAUCCCAUUCUUCAUCACUGAACUCAUCAACCCUCUCUGCUCCUGCGACAUCCCUCCCAUUUGGAAGAGUAUCUUUCUCUGGCUUGGAUACUCCAAUUCUUUCUUCAACCCGUUGAUAUACACCGCCUUCAACAAGAACUACAACAACGCCUUUAGAAACCUCUUCUCGAGACAGCGGUGAGGUGCUGCUCCGCACUCUCUCACCUAUGCAUUCAACGCACAAAGGGAAUGGGUUGAAUAGUGGGGAUGCCUUGGAGAUGGCAAUCUUUCAGUGUGACAUAACCAACCCUGAGACAUAAA